GGCGCAGCGGAGGCCGCGCGAGAGCGGCGCGUGGCGGGCGGUUUGAGCCGUUGGCGCCGCUCAACGGCCGCCCCCUCCCCCCGCCCCUCACCCCCCCACCUCCCUUCAGCGCCUCAGCCCCUGCGAGGAAACUUUAAAAUGAAGGCUUAGAAGACAAGAUUCUGCUUGCUGCUGAAGUUUAAAAAAAAAAAACUAAAGAAGAUUUUAAGUGCGUUCUAAUAUUUAACUUUGUUUUUAGAGCAAGCUGAAAACUUCCCCUUGUUUUGGAAGAGUUAAAAAGGUUUAUUUUUUAAUUUAAUGUAAGGAAAACUGUAUGAGUAAAACACUUUUGCAGGCCAAUGAAUUACUUGGUAUUUUACACCUGUUAAUUUUGAAUCACUGGUAAAACUCUAUUUUAGUGGUAAAUUUGUGUUGAUUAAGCAAACACGUGUUUGCAAAGAUCUGGGAUUUCACUGUUAAAAAUACUUUGGUCAUCAAAUCAGGACAAAUUAUUUAAGACAUCCCUGAUGUUAAAACUGGUUUCUAGUCUUUCAAUAACUGCUCUAACCCAGAAUAGUAUUUGGUUUUCUGGUGUGGUCUGACACUUCCUUUCUGCUGUACAGACCCUUUUAAUUAAAAUACUGAAUGUUAAUGUAAAACAACAACAACAAAAAAACCCUCACUGGAAUAAUGCUCUAGUUUUUUUCAUGUAUUUGGAUCUUUUCUGCUUUCAAAAAUACUUUAAUCAUGAGCUGUGGAAAGGACUUUGUGGAAACUCUUAAGAAAAUUGGAUAUCCAAAAGCUGAUGAGCUUAAUGGAGAAGACUUUGACUGGAUGUUUGAGUCUUCGGAAGACAGAUCAUUUCUGGAGUGGUUUUGUGGAAAUGUAAAUGAGCAGCACGUGGUAUCUGGAAAAGAACUGCAAGAUUUUAAUAAUCUUCUUGAGUCUGGUAAGCCCAUUUUAGAAGAAAAUGCACUAGAUGAAGUCCUUAAAACCUGUAAGCCCGUGGAUUCACAGAGCCAGGAGGAGGAGAAGGAGGAACUUAAGAAAUUAACGGAUGAGCUUCAAACUCUUCAGAAGAUAAAAAAUCUUCAAAUUCAUCGGCAUAAUAAGCUUCAGCUGAUGAUUUCUGAGAACAGCAGUAUGUUACAGGCAUUAAAAAGCAAAGAGGACGAAACACUUAAAGUUCUGAAAGAAGGGCUGGCAGUGUUUACUGCAGCAAAUAAUAAGCUUGAUAAUGAUCUGCUCUCUCUUAUGGAUGGAGUUAAGAAAUUGGCCUCUUUCUUCACUGCUUCAGGUUCAGAACAAGGGGCAGGUUCGCGUCUUGUGUUUUUUUCCCAGCUUUCCUUGGACAAGUAUUUGUCUCAGGAAGAACAGUGCACUGCAGCGCUCACCUCAUACUCUAAAAAGCAUUUUUAUCCAGGUAUGUCUGAACUGUUUGAAAAUGUGCACGAAGACAGUGUUCAGCUCAGGGAUAAGAGCAAACCAGUCACUUGUGAUGAAGCUAAUGGAGCUUAUGAGGAGAGUCAUGAGGUGGCCAGGCUCCAGAUGGCGUAUAUUUGUGCUCAACAUCAGCUAAUUCAAAUGGAAGCUAAAGAAGAAAGCAUGAAUUCAGCUAUACAGUGUGCAGAGAGCAUGCUCAAGUCCGUAAAGAACAAGGGUGUUGGAAAACAAGAAAACCUUGAGGCCAAAAUAUCUAGUUUGAAAGGUGAAAUUUCAACAAUUGAGCAACAUAUAGCUCAGCUAAACAAUGAAGAACUGCCUUCUCUUUUGAAAGAGCAUGCACAACUGUUGAGUGUGCCAGUGGUGAAAGCAGACCUGGAUCGUGAGAUUGCUCGGCAGGACUGUUUUGCUUCUAAACAAGAUGAAAUCUGCAGCCAUUUGCUAAGACAGAAAGCAUCAUUUGAACUUAUUCAGCUGGCCUAUGAAAUUGAGUUGAAGAAACAUAAAGACGUGCACUGUCAACUUGACAAUUUGCUAGAAUCUCUGAAACAGAGCAGUAACGAGUUGCAACAGAGACUAGAGGUGUUAUCGGAGCUCGCUCAACCCGCACAACCGAGAAAAACUAUCGGUCCAAAGGAUGACUUCUCUCGUAGGCUAUACCAGCUUCUGGAAGGAGGAAAUAAAAAGCAAUUGUUUAAAACAUACAAAAGCCUGCAGCAGAUGGCUCAGAAGUUAAUGCAGGAUUGUGUUGCAGCACAAGACCAGCUAGCAGUGUCUUCUCAAGAACAGUCUCUCUUGUUGUCCAAACUAGAUAGUGAUGUAAAUACCCUUCGUGAUGCUCUGUAUUGUGGAGGAAAUCAGCUACUAUUCAGUAGUCGGGAACUUACUGAACAGUUUAAUCAACUGGAGGCUGAUUUAAAUAAACUAAAUCAACUCAUUAUGGAUCUUAUUGCUGAUUUGAAGUCAAAGAGAAACUUUUUAGAGUCCAAUAAGUUGCAUCAGAUGGAAAGAAACUUGUAUGUGUAUUUUUUCAAAGACGAAGAUCACUUGAAAGAGUUGGUGGAGAAGCUCGAGCGGCAGUCGGAGGCUAAAGCCGGUGGCCUGGGAAAUUAGAAUUUCACCACUGGUGAAGUUCUUAGUGUUUAAUGUUCAGCGUACUCUUCAGAUUGACAUGUUUUCCUAUGUAAACAGUCUACAAGUUUAUGGAAUGAUGCGUAUUAGCUUGUCAAGGCUAACAUUUGUCUGUCAUUGCAAUGGAUGUUUAGCUGCCACAGUUACCAAGUUUGGAUUUUGUGGUGCUUUACAGCUAUUGGCAUCUGGUCAUUGAGUUCAAAUCACGAUUUCGUCCAAGUUCUUUGAUUUGACUUCUUUGAUAUGAGUUAAUUCUUUGGUUGGUUGAAUGAAUUACAUGCAGGCUGCUCUUCUGCUAACCUGUAUAUUGAUUUCCAGGGCAUACAACAUAGCACAGAAGACAGCUUCAUACCCCUGAGAUCAGUUUUCUUGCGUGAUAAGAACCUUUUAAUAGGUGAACUGAAAAGAAAAAAAGUGUGUAAGAGUCAUUCCAGAUUUUGGAACAUGAAUGUAGUGCCCUUUCUUCUGAAGGGAAAAGCUCUCCGAGGCAGAAAUUCUGUUUCUACUUUACAGUUCCCCUAAAAACAGAUAUUUUUGAUAUAUGGGAACAUGUUGAAAUAUAUACCAGAAUCUGUUUCAAGUACUAAGACCUCUUUUUUUUUUAUGACUACUUUGAUAUGUCUUAAAUUAUGGCCUAUCCUCUCCAUUGAAACUAGUCUAUACUUAUGCCAGGCUUUUCAGAGAAAAUGAAUUUAAAAUGUACCUUUUGGACUUAAGACCAGUUUUGGCAUAACUGCAUGCAGUUCUCUGUAUGCAAUUUGUAAUGAUAGGCAUUUGAAGUCAGAGUCUUAAUGCUUUCAUACUUCUGCUUUCACUGACAUUGUUAGACCAUUUAUCAAACUUUUGUGUAGCUUCCUAAUACACCAGUGGAAGUAGAUACGCUUUUAUAGUAUGAUAAAUUCCAGUCUUACAUAUUUUUGAUGGCAUCAGCCAUGCCUGCUUGCAAGUGUUGUAUGUAUUGAUGAAGGCUAGAUAAUUUCCUUUAAAUUUAGUAACAGUUUUCUUAAAACUAUUUUGACUGCAGACUUUAAGCUUUUAUAUAAGAGUAUAACUUAUUUUUAAAUGUGUAAUUUUUAACUUACUGGUCGUAUAUCUUUAUAUCUGUAUGUCAUGCUGUUUAGCUCCGUACAUUGUUUAUUAUUAUUAAAUGCCAAACACUACAA